AAUUCACUGUCACCGCUCCAGCAGCAGAUACAAAAACAGCUGUGUAGUGUGAGGAGAGCACUUCAUGACUGUGAGGCUGGACCUCCAGAAGACCUUGAGGGAGCUAAGGAAUUCCUCAUUGAAGUAGGACCUCAAGACAUCAAGUCUUCUUACAUUAACAAUUCAAAAGAGUUGAGCGAGAAUUACAGAGGGAGGGAACUGCCUGGCUUCAGCAACUACAUCGUUUUUGAGAAGAUUCUGCAGGAACAUGUGGCCAAACUUAAGGAUCCAUCCAUUGAUUUACUCAAUGCCAUAAAAGAUAUCAUCAUUAAGCAAUUCACUGACGUGGUGAGUGAAUGUUUCCAGAACUAUCAUGUCCUUCAAAACACCACUAAGGACAAAAUCAACGACAUUCAACUUAACCAACAAGAAAAGGCAGAGCAGAGGAUCUCAGAGCAGUUUAAAAUGGAAAACGGGAUCUUUACUCAAGAUCUCAUUUUCCUGAAGGUCUUGAGUGAGAAAACAAACCAGACUUUUUCAGAAAAGGAGUUACCUGUCUUUGACAAACAAUGCAAGUACAGUCAAAUGCUGGAGGCGUAUUAUGAGAUUGUGGUGCAGAGAUUGGCUGACCAACUGCCCUUGAUGAUCACCUUUUACAUGUUGCAGGAGACUGCUCGGCUCCUGUCUAUUGACAUAAUGAAAUUAUUGGAAAAGCCAGAUUUGCAGAAGCUCCUGUCUGAGGACCCUGAUGUCAGCAGAAGGCGCAGCGACCUAAGAGCUCGCCAGACUCGUUUGACUCAUGCUGCGAAAGCAAUUAGCAAUUUUUUGAAUGACUAGAGGAUAUAUCUGAAAAUAAAAGAUUAACAUCAGAUACAUUAGAUGUAAAGUAUCUGACAUCAACUGUCCAACCAUCCAUUUUUCACGCUUGCUCAAACGUUGCAGGAUUUGACCAUUUAACCCACAACUUUCUUCAGCUUGUUAAAAUUUUUUGAUUGUUAUAAUAUAUACAUCCAUUAACCUGGAUCUUAUGCACCUAUUUGAUUCUUUCCAAGUAGUUCAGCAAGGCAGCACUUUGUAUACAAGUCACAUCUAUGGGCUCAAGUAGGGCAGGCACAUACAUUUUGUUUUCUAAAUCAUCUGGAAGUAUCAGUGC